AUGUAUGUCUGUUCCGUAAAAGACAAAGAAUUGAAUGAUGGAUUUGGAGGCUGGCUGAAUGGAUCCUGGGAGUGCCUCGCCUUCCUCGAAUCACGCCCGACGGGAUGCAUUCUCCUCCGCCUCUCGGGCGAGGGGAACAAAAUUGUGAGGAUGGAGAAUUCGACGGAUACCUACAGGAGUGUGGCCCUUUUGUCCCUGGCCAGCCACGCCCUUACAUUAAAGCUCAGUCAUGAAGAGCAGAAACACCACCUCUACGAUUCGUUGACGAUGGCAACGGAGGGAAUCUUCGGUGGGAUCAUCCUAGACUCCAUGGAAAAAGGAGGUUUGUAUGGGGAACUGGACGAGAUAAAAGUGGAACUCCGUCUUGUAGACCAAGCACCACCCCCAGAGAAUCAAGCGUCGAUCCUCAUGGGCUUCCACGACCUGUCGAGCCCCUCAUUCGGAUGCAUGAUGGAAAGCCGCUGGAAGCAGUGGACAGGUGCCCGUAACAUGUACUUGAACCUGUCGGACGAUUUCUGCCUAGACACCAUCCGAUUCUACCGGCGAGUGGGGACGGGAAGUGAGCCGAGUUUCCGGUACCUCGUCGUCGCCACGUGCGACAACGUCCAUCGGGGGAACUUAGAUCGAAUGAUGGACUUCGUUCACCGCCUGCGGAUCAACCAGUUGGGUUCGUAUGUGAGCAUCUACCGUCGCCUGGCACCGGGUUGGUCCCCAAGCACCAGCUGGGAAAGUUUCACAUCCCUCUCCCCAGUUGCAAGCCGGCAGAGCCCGCCCUUCAAUCAUCAUCUCAGUGACUCCGGUCGAGACUCCCUGGACUCCUUCACCAGGGAGCACGGAAUCUGAGAAUCUCUCUCCUUCUCAUUUCGGCGUCUCUGUGUCUUUAACUGCAGAUUAGCAAACCCGAUUCCUCACUUCCCGGUGAAAAGGCGGCUUCCCUUCGCCCACAGUCGUCUGCAUUAAUGCCUUCGAACGAUUUUCUGUAUUCUCUUUCGAACAUAAUCGGUUCAAGGAUUUUCCCCCCCAACCUGAUCCGGGACAUACCUACUUUAUACGUAAACACUUAUCAGCUUCCUAUCGACAUGCGAGCACCAUUUAUUUGAUCAUUUUCCUUAGAGGACCUUGUGUACUCAGUUUCUGUUGUGUUUCUAGCAAGGAUGGCUGACACCGGUGCUCUCUCUACCCUCACUGAAUCUUUAGUAUUCAUGUGAUUUCUUUUCCACAUUGAGGGCUUGUUUGUGAUAUGUUUUUUUAUUAUAAAAUUCAUCUCUGGCAUUUAUGUGAAUAAUAAAUAGGCCUAAAGGCUAUGUACUCACAAAAAUCCUGCCUCUCCGAUUGCCUGAAAAUUUAGGUACAAUAUAGGCAGUAUCAAAAGGAGAAUCCUGUAACUAGCUAGCAUAAAUUGCUGUACCUGGAGAGAGUACGAAACAGACAUGUUAAAUCCAGAGUUCUAGACCUAAAAAAAAUCCAUGAUUUGCAGAAACCCAAAAAUUACACGAUGUUCAAAUGCUAAUUUUUUGUUUCAUUUUGUGAUGAUUAAGCAGC